UAACAAAUAUUUCACUUGCAGUUGGAGAAGGAGGCUGUUGCUAAAGGUGUUCCGAUAGGACAAGCUCUUGACAUAGACAUUCCGCCUCCACGUCCUAAAAGGAAACCAAGCAAUCCCUACCCUCGGAAAACAGGUGUGGGGCCUAUACCUUCUCAGGUGCCAGCAAAGGAUGGAAAGCUUAAUUCAGCUCCUUUUCCACAUUGUAAACAACUGCUGGACUUGGAGAAAGAACCACUUCCUGAGAAACCCAAUGGAGAUGAGAAUGCAAAAGAAAACCAGGACAACAAUUGCUCAGAAGCCUUUAUGCUUCUCCAAGAAGUUCACUGUUCCUCUGUGUCUUCAGUGAAUAAAAAUUCUGUACCAACAACAGAGGUGCUAAAACAUUCAUGCUCUUUUAGGGAGUUUGUACCUUCACUGAAGGAGGUGGUAAAUCAGGGUGCAACUAAUGAAUCCUUUAUCACCAUUGAACUGGCAAGAAAUCAGAAGCUGGAUAAGCCUGAUGACAAGAAGACAGUUCAGGAUAAUUGCACUAAUAUAGCUGCAAAGUUGGAAUCCUGCCCUUUUCAUGAGAAAUUAAGUCAGGGAAAGAAAUCAGAUGAACUCAACAACGCAUUGCCAGCAGAUGAGAUGGAAGCCAUGCAGAAUUAUCCUAGACACGUCCCUGUACAUGUUUUAGAUGGGAGCUUGGGCACAUGUAUGCAAACUCCUCCCUCAGAUUUGUCAUUCCAGGACUCCAUAUUUCACCCAGUAAGAGAAGUUCAAGGGACCCCCAAUCUGUUCUCACAUCCAGCUGCAUCUGCUACUACUGAACAACAAAGUAAUGUGCCAAGAUCUUCUACACAUCAAUCAUAUCAUACUUUUCCUCCUUCCUUUACUCCAACUCACCAUAAUCAAGAUGACUAUAGAUCAUUUCUCGACAUGUCCUCCACAUUUUCGAGUCUUAUUGUAUCUACACUCUUACAAAACCCUGCAGCCCAUGCUGCAGCAAGCUUUGCAGCUACAAUUUGGCCCUAUGCUAAUGUGGAAAGUUCUGCAGAGUCUCAACCAUGUGCCCAAGGAGGUUUUCCAUCAAGGCAAAUGAACACUGUUCCCAGUAUGGCAGCUAUUGCUGCUGCCACAGUGGCAGCAGCGACUGCAUGGUGGGCAGCCCAUGGACUACUUCCCUUAUGUGCUCCUCUUCAUGCUGCCUUUACCUGCCAUCCUGCCUCUGCAACUGCAGUUCCAUCAGUGGAUCCUGGCCAGUUGACUGCAGCAAAGAUGGAAAGAAAGGAAACUAAUCUUGAAAAUCCUCGUCUGCAAGAUCAACAACUGGAUGUAGAACACUCUGAAGCUUUGCAAGCUCAAAAUUCAGCUUCUAAAUCACCAACGAUGUCAUUGUCAGACUCUGAAGAGAGUGGAGGUCCAAAUCAAAAUACCGGAUCAAAAACUACUGAUAAAGAGAUGGUUGCAACAGCACCUGAGAUCCAUGACGAGAGCAAAGUGAAAAACAGAAAACAGGUUGAUCGUUCUUCGUGUGGUUCAAACACAUCAUCAAGCAGUGAAGUAGAGACAGAUGCAUUAGAGAAGCUUGAAAAAGGCAAGGAAGAGACAAAAGAAACUGAUACAAAUCAUCUAGCCAUUGAGUCUAGUAGCCGUCGCAGUAGAAGUAAUAGCAGCAUGAGUGAUUCGUGGAAGGAGGUCUCUGAAGAGGAUUUCAAGUCUUUCAUCCAAAUGAACCUGGGGCGGCUGGCUUUUCAAGCUCUCUUUUCCAGAGAGGUAUUGCCACAAAGCUUCUCUCCUCCACAUGAUCAGCAGAAUGAGGCUCACCAGAAGGAUGAUGUUGAAGAAGACAAGCAGAACAGAGAUGAAAUAGAUAGAAAUGCAACAUUGUUGAAUCUCAACAGCAUGACAUGGGGAUCCUGUAUGAGCAAUCUUGAAGUGGGGAAGAACACAUUGACUAAAUGUGAAAACAAUGGGAAGGAGGGACUCCUGACAAUCGGGCUUGGAAAUGGAGGGCUAAAGGCUCGCCGAACAGGAUUUAAACCUUACAAAAGAUGUUCAAUGGAGGCAAAAGAAAGCAGGGCCAUAACUGCCAGCAGCCAAGGUGAGGAGAAAUGCCCCAAGAGAAUACGUGUGGAAGGGGAAGCUUCAACUUGAUAUUGCAUGCUUAAACGAAGGAAAGCUUUGUUUCUGCAUGUAAUUUUAUUAUUUACUUCCCCAUUUAUCUAUUUACCUUUUCUCUUUGAAUUAAAGUAUCUGCAGAUCACGAGACUAUUUCGUGCAAUGUGUGUACCAUAUAUAUCUACUUUAGCUUAUUUACUUUCUUGAACCGUGCAACUGCAUUUAAAAAACUCCGUUAAAUAGACUUAGAUAAGAACCAAGUAUCUAAUGGGCCCUGAUCUGGCCCAUUUCGUCCAGAGGUAGUGUGUAUUACUAUUUACAUCUGUAUUUCCUAGACUUCCAUUUUUCCUCGCAUUGGGGCUAACAAAGCAAGUCAUGCGUCCAUGUGCUUGUUUGCUUCAUUGCAGCUGAUGCGGUGAGAAAUGGAAUUUAACCUUCUCAUCAAAUAUCUUCUGAUUGUUGUACUAUCA